AUAAACCUGUUCCCAUCCCUCACACUAACUACCCUAAUCCUACUAACCGUACCCAUCAUGACAACUAGUCUUAGCACCCACAAAUCCACCAACUACCCACUUUACGUAAAAACAACCAUUUCAUACGCCUUUAUCACUAGUAUAAUUCCCACUAUAAUAUUUAUUCAUACAGGACAAGAAAUAAUUAUUUCAAACUGACACUGACUGACCAUCCAAACCCUCAAAUUAUCUCUCAGCUUCAAAAUAGAUUACUUCUCGACAAUAUUUAUCCCAGUAUCACUAUUCGUCACAUGAUCCAUCAUAGAAUUCUCAAUAUGAUACAUACAUUCCGACCCCAACAUCAACCAAUUUUUUAAGUACUUACUCUUAUUUCUUAUCACAAUACUCAUCCUCGUCACUGCAAAUAACAUCUUUCAACUAUUCAUUGGCUGAGAAGGAGUCGGAAUUAUAUCAUUUCUACUAAUUGGAUGGUGAUACGGACGGGCAGACGCAAACACAGCAGCUCUACAAGCAAUCCUAUAUAACCGCAUUGGCGACAUCGGAUUUAUCCUAGCAAUAGCAUGAUUCCUAAUUAACCUCAACACUUGAGACCUUCAACAAAUCUUCUUACUAAAACCAGAGAACUCAAAUCUACCUCUAAUAGGACUAAUUCUAGCCGCAACCGGAAAAUCCGCACAAUUUAGCCUGCACCCAUGAUUACCCUCCGCAAUAGAGGGCCCGACACCUGUCUCAGCAUUACUCCACUCAAGUACAAUAGUAGUAGCAGGUAUUUUCUUACUAAUCCGCUUCUAUCCAUUAACAGAAAACAAUAAACUCAUCCAAUCUACUAUACUAUGCCUAGGAGCCAUUACCACACUAUUUACAGCAAUAUGUGCCCUCACCCAAAAUGACAUUAAAAAAAUCAUCGCCUUCUCUACAUCCAGCCAACUCGGCCUUAUGAUAGUAACAAUUGGAAUUAACCAGCCUCACCUAGCACUUCUUCACAUCUGCACCCACGCUUUCUUCAAAGCCAUAUUAUUUCUAUGCUCCGGCUCCAUCAUCCACAAUCUAAAUAACGAACAAGAUAUUCGAAAAAUAGGAGGCCUAUUUAAAACCAUACCAUUCACCGCAACAGCCCUUAUUAUUGGCAACCUUGCACUAACAGGAAUACCUUUCCUCACCGGAUUCUACUCCAAAGAUCUAAUUAUUGAAUCCGCCAACACGUCAUAUACCAACGCCUGAGCCCUCUUAAUAACACUAAUCGCCACCUCCUUCACAGCUAUCUACAGUACCCGUAUUAUCUUCUUCACACUCCUAGGACAACCCCGAUUCCCAACCCUUAUUUCUAUUAAUGAAAACAACCCAUUCCUAAUUAACCCAAUUAAACGCUUACUAAUCGGAAGUCUUUUCGCAGGAUUCAUCAUUUCUAACAACAUCCCCCCAACAACCAUUCCCCAAACAACUAUACCCUACUACCUAAAAAUCACCGCCCUAACAAUUACAAUCCUAGGCUUUAUUCUAGCACUAGAAAUUAACAACAUAACCCACUACUUAAAGUUCAAUUACCCAUCAAACAUAUUCAAAUUUUCUAACCUACUAGGAUAUUAUCCCACAGUCAUACACCGCUUAACCCCAUAUAUAAAUCUAACAAUAAGCCAAAAAUCAGCAUCCUCCCUUCUAGACCUAACCUGACUAGAAAUCAUUAUACCAAAAACCAUCUCACUAACCCAAAUAAAAACAUCUAUCAUAAUCACAAACCAAAAAGGCUUAAUUAAAUUAUAUUUCCUUUCCUUCCUAAUUACGAUUCUCAUUAGCACAAUUCUACUUAAUUUCCACGAGUAA